UUAUCGCAACCUGUAUUACCGACGGUCAUUGUUAACGCCAUUUUUAACAGUUUUGUUGUUUUGUGUUAUAUAACAAACAGCAAAAUGUUAAAGCAGUGCUUUUACCUUGUUUUCAAUUUUUACAACGAAUAAAACAUUCUUUGGAGCCAUGAGAGAAAAUGGAACGUAAACAUGGGGCUUCAAGAAUGUUGUUUGUUGGGUACAAGUAUGUUACAACAAUCAAAGACCCAUGUUUCGAUUCCCAAAGCCCCAUCGGUGGAGACAGGUGGUCAAGAAUCCUGGACAAUGUAAUUCGGAUUUCUGGGGUCCAGGAGGAGGACAACAGCAGCAAUUUGUUGCAAAGUGGGCUUAUAUUAAAUGGAUGAUUAAUAUUUCUAGAAGAACACGAUUUUCCAGCUUUUGCUCAACGUGAGGACAGAAUCAAACUUUGAAAAAUAAAAGUUUCAGCUGGAGCUAAGCACAGCUUGGGAUAACCACAAUGUCCAGCAGCGAAGACGAACUCUUCGAUAUCGACUGGGGGGCUUCCAAUGUAUUCGACUGCUUCGAUUACGUGGACCCGAAUGUUUUAUCGCCCCAAAUUCAGGCAGUUUUGAAGAACGACAUCGUUGGACUUCGCCGCCUCUUGCAAGAAGGAAAAUCAGUCAACAUCAACGACAACAAAGGCAACACUCCUCUUCACCACGCUGUACAAUCACAGGGUAAUUUAACAUCCAUUUUUAAUUGUUUGAUCGAACUGGAGGACAUUCGACUCGACGCCGCCAAUUUCAACGGGGAAACCCCCCUAAUGCUCGCCCUCAAAAACGCGUAUUACGUUCGCAAAUUGCUGCAAAAGGGGGCCGACCCCAACUUGCGCUACCCCAACGGGGACUCCUUAUUACACAAAGCCACAGAUGUGGGGGUCGUGCGCUUGUUGUUGGAACAUGGGGCUGAUAUUAACGCGCAAAAUUUCAACGGCGAGACUCCUCUAUUUCAUGCUUGCCAACAAAAGGAAAUAGAAUUGGUACACUUGUAUUUAUACCACGGGGCUGAUGUGACGAUUAGUAACAAUUGCGGUUUAUUGGCAUUUGAUAUUUGUCCCGAAAGUGUGGACAGUCUUUUUUACUUAACUUUUGACGAACACACUGAGGUCAGUUUGCUCAGUUUGUUCAAAACAAUAGAGAAAAAAUCUCCGUACCUGACGGAAAUUGUAAAGCUAACAAGAAAUGUUACCUACACUAGAAAACAACUGAAUGAGUUGGUGGCUCAAAUCAGCCUACCGUGGUGUGAGGUUUUUUUCGAUUUAGUUGAUUCGUUUAUUAACCGAGAGUUUGCAAAUUCAAUGCAAGUCUUUCGUUUAAUGAGUGUUAGAACACAAACUUGUGACGUGGUCACAAUUGAAGAUUUUUUGUACAUUUUUUUAUAUUUUUAUGUUCAGGACAAUUCGCUGUGUCCGCUUUUGCGAAAUAUCCAUCUGAGAGGCCAGUUGUUAUUACAGUUUGCCAUGAACUUUGUGUGUUAUUGUGCAAGUCAGGGGACUGAAGUCACUUCAGAGGUUUUGGACGUGGUUUACCACGAGUUUGGUUUUUGUGAAUUUUACCGAACGUUACUGAAUGUUGCCAAAAUUCGAAACCAUUGUUGCAAGUUUGAUUCGUAUGCGGGUCGCAAUUUUAUGGCGUUUUUCACCUACGAUUUGAAUUUAAGCAUUGAUAUGGUCGAGCGUUUCCCAAAAGAAAAUCUUGAAGCGCAGUGUUUUGCAAAAUUGUUGAAAUUCUUUAAUGUUGUAAAAUACAAGGAUAAGUUUCCGCAUUUGUUCGAGAUGUUUGGUCGUAAACUUGGAGUAUCAGCAGUGCCUUCUUUGGUCGAGUUGAGUCGAAAUGCCGCUCGCAAAUUUAUCAUUUCCAAGCUCAAAGUGGAGGAUAAUGUCCAGUUUUUGACUGUUGUUAACCACCUUCCCGUUCCUAACGUUGUUAAACAAAUCAUUAUUUACCAAAAAGAAAUUUACAAUAUUUAAUGUUACGAUGAAAUAAAUUUUUGUUAUGA